ACCCGGACGAGAAUGUAGUGACGGGACCGGCGCGCGGUGCUAUGGCGUUCAAUCUGGGUGGUGGGACUGCAGGAACUGGAUUUUCUUUUGGCUCGUUUGGUGCCAAAACAACUGCAACAACUGGUUUUGGUUUUGGAACUACUGCCACAACAGCUCCCUCAGGAUUUGGAGGUUUCAACCCAUUUGGAACGACCACAACCACCACAACUGGGCAAACAGCAGGAUUUCCUUUUGGCGCAUCUACAGGUGGUUUUGGAGGGUUUGGCACAACUGCGACAGCUGCUCCUGCUUUCAAUUUCUCAACACCUGCCAAUCCUGGGGUAACAGGGCUUUUCCAGAAUACACAGAAUAAAGGGUUUGGAUUUGGUGGUGGAUUUGGUACAGGCACAGGCCUGGCACCCGGUUUGGUACCUGGUUCCACAUUUGGAGGAUUCGGUGGUUUCGGUGCUCAACAGCAAACUGGAGGUCUUUUUGGGCAGGCGGUACAGCCUCAGGCCCAGACGGUUCAGCUGAUCAACACAGCCAGUGCCCUUUCUGCACCCACUCUCUUGGGGGAUGAACGAGAUGCCAUAUUAGCCAGGUGGAACCAACUCCAGGCUUUCUGGGGAACAGGGAAAGGUUACUUCCACAAUAACCUGGCUCCUGUCGAGUUCACUCAAGAAAAUCAUUUUUGUCGAUUUAAGACCGUUGGCUUCAGCUGCAUACCCAGUAAUAAGGAUGAGGAUGGUCUGGUAGCUUUGGCUUUUAACAAAAAAGAAGCAGACAUUCGAAACCAACAACAAUUGCUUGUGGAAACUUUGCACAAGAUUCUUGGAGGUUUGCAGCAAAUCAUGGUCAACGUUGAAGGGAUCCGAGCACUGCCAGAUGACCAGACAGAAAUGGUGAUCUAUGUUGUUGAACGCUUUCCAAAUGGAAACUCCAGAAGAGUUUCAGCAACAAAUCUUUUUAAUUCACUGGAGCAGCCUAACGUGAAGAAUCACCUGAUGCAGCUAAGUGUGCUUGUCGCCCUACCCAGGACUGAGCUUUCCCCAGCCCAGAUAAAACAGCUGCUGCAGAACCCUCCAACUGGUGUUGAUCCAAUAAUUUGGGAACAAGCAAAAGUUGACAAUCCUGAUCCUGAAAAACUGAUCCCAGUGCCCAUGGUUGGUUUUAAAGAAUUGCUGAGAAGACUUAAGUUCCAGGAACAAAUGACAAAACAGCAUCAAAGCAGACUGGAUAUUAUAUCUGAGGAUGUAAAUGAACUGCAGAAGAACCAGGCCACAACUGUAGCAAAAAUUGCCCAAUAUAAGAGAAAACUGAUGGACCAAGCUCAUAAAGUCUUGCAGGUUUUAAUUAAGCAAGAGAUCCAGAGGAAAGCUGGUUAUGCCAUUCAGGCAGAAGAAGAGCAGCUUCGUGUGCAGUUGGAUACAAUCCAGUGUGAACUAAAUGCACCAACCCAGUUUAAGGGUCGUCUAAAUGAAUUAAUGUCUCAAAUAAGGAUGCAGAAUCAUGUUGGAGCUGUCAGAUCAGAGGAAAGAUACAGUGUGCAUGUCGAUCUCCUGGGAGAAAUCAAACAACACCUGAAACUGCAACAGGAAGGAUUGAGUCAUUUGAUCAGUGUCCUGAAGGAAGAUUUGGAGGAUGUGAAGCUAAUUGAGCAUGGUCUUAGUGAGAGUGUUCAUAUUCGUCGUGACUUCUUCAGUUGAUGCCUCUUCUGUAAUACCAUCUGGUUAAGAAUAUUUUUCUCCCUGUCUAAGUUUAUUUGAUUAAUCCUACCUCCAUCUCCAUUUUUAUAAAGCAGAAAUGUGAUGAAAAGGGCAGGGAAAUAUUUUUCUCCUGUUCUUCAUCUAAUGUUUCAGCCAUGUUCCAGCUUUAGGAAUUCUAUUGUUUACUCUAAAGUGCAUCAUCAUCCUCUCGAUACAGCAAGGUUACUAAACUUUGCAACGGAAAUUAGUUACUGACUUUGUUAAGCAAGUUUAAAACUAUAGCAUAUGAAUGAUUGCAGUAUUGGGAGAUGAAUGUUUAAAUUAACUCAGAUCUAAGGCAGGCUUGAACAGUUAUUUAAAAUGCAUUGAACAUUUUUCUACUAAUUCUACAAAUAGCAACAUUCUUAAUUCAAUCUUAACGUUACAAUAUUUUGAGUGUAAAAUAAUAAUGAAUUUCCUGUUGUAUGCAAUAGGUUGAGGUAGAUUAUUUUAGAAAGUAUUAACCUAAAUAACCAGAUUUGCAUUUAACAGGAAUGGCUAUGUCAGUACUGACUAAGUCAGGAACAAAUUAGAAAUUGUUUAUAUAUUUUUUAAGUAUGCAUCAAACGUUUGCUUAGCUGUGUGUGCAUUUGGCUUUUCUGAGUGAGUUUAAAAGUUUUUGGAGCUGGAAAAUGUGGCCUUGAUUUGUCAUGGAUGAGAAAAAUUUGUAAGGUUCUUUAUUGGAAUCAACAAGAGCUCUGGAAACUGGAAUGUUGAUAACUAAGGUUAAAUGUGCCAGAGAAUCACAUGCUGAAUAUAUAAUCCCAAUUUAUUUUUCUUUUAAAUUAUACAAGCAUAUUUAUAUUAUUAGAAGGCGCCUUGGACUUGGGGGUUGUUUUUGGAAAAAUUGACUAUUUUCCAAGCAUUCUGGUCAUGAUAUUUCUCAUGUUAAUCUAACCAGGCCUUUUUUAAUUCAACAUGGAGUUUAACUUAGUGAAAGUCACCUUUGCAAACCAUUCUCCGAUGUUAUUUACACCUGGAAAUGGUCCCUGAAAUGUACCUUGAAAUGGAAUGAUAAUUGUGAACCAUGAAUGAGACAAGGAUCUCGAGUGAAGAACUGCAUUUAAUCUGUUAAAUGUUUGUAAUAAUUAUGCAAAGAGGAAAUUGGUUAUAAAUAAACAAAUUACUUUAAUAAUUA